AUGUCUGAAUGGAACCAACUAUACGAAGUCAUUGCAGAAGGACAAGUUUUGAUGCCAGAUGAUGCUGGAUAUGCUGCCAGCCUUAGGAGAUGGAGCAAGGCAGCUGAAGUCAAUUCUGCCGUUGUAGUCAAACCAACCUGUGCUGAGGAGGUAGCUGCGGCGGUGAAGUUUGCCACUGCCAGCAAGCUCCCCAUGGCCGUCUGUGGCGGUGGUCACUCGACUAGCGGGGCGUCAUCAUCAGAAGGUGUUGUCAUACACCUUGGUAAUAUGCGAAGAGUCGAAGUGGAUGAUACUAACAUGACUGUGUCGUUUGAGGGUGGUUGCCUGUGGGCGGACAUUGACAAGGCUUUAGAGGCCCGUGGAUUGGCUGCUGUCGGGGGUGCUGUGAACCACACGGGAGUUGGAGGGUUGAUCCUAGGUGGUGGUCAUGGAUGGCUGACAGCGAAGCAUGGCCUCGCAAUUGACAACCUCAUAGCAGUCCAGAUUGUCACGGCUGAUGGCUGCAUCCUUGACGCCUCUGAAACAGAAAAUGCAGAGCUGUUUUGGGCCGUCCGCGGGGCUGGCGCACAGCUUGGGGUGGUAACGCGAUUUCUGUACCGUGUCCACCACCAGGAAGAGGUAUGGAGUGGUAUCCUCGCGUUUGGCCCGGAAACCCUACCUCAACUGGUGGCAUUUGCCAAUGAGUUUCACAAUCGAGAUAAUCGCGAAGGUCACUGCUUGACUAUCGGAGUGGGUCACACGCUGGAUGGAGUGACCCGUAUACUCACUGCUGUCCCACUUUAUCAGGGCCUAGAGGAGGAGGCCAAGGAGUUCUUUUCACCACUGCUUGAUAUGAAACCUAUGAUGAACUCGACAAGAAUGAUGUCCAUCGCUGAGGUCAACACCUUACAGAACCCAUCGUGCGAAUACGGAAUACGCCGUCACCAAGGCUCCGCAAAUGUCACGAUGCCCCUGCAAGCAGAAGCCAUUCAGCAAAUGGCAGAUAUGGUCUGGUCGUUUCAUGAUCGCCAUCCGAACGUAACCAUUUGCUCCAUGGCAGUGGAACUUUUCUCGACCCACAAGCUCCGCGAGGUUCCUCAGCAUGCUACUGCGUACGCCAAUCGUGGGGCGUACUAUGAUGUUGUCACAAUUUUUGGAUGGACAAAUCCCGACCUUGAUGUGACUGUUCGUCAAUUCAAUUCGGAUUUAUGCACGAUGAUAAGAAGUUCCAGCGGAUAUGAGCGUCGGCGUUACUGUGAGGGGGAGCAUUGCGAGGCAAGUCCAGUGGGGCGUUAUCUUAACAUGGAAAAUGGGCCAGUAAAGCCUGCUGAUGCAUAUGGAGCCAAUCUGGAGAGGCUGAAGAGGGUGAAGAACAUCUAUGAUCCUGAGAACAUUUUCCAUAAGUGGCAUGGUGUGGUUGAUGGAGGUUACAAGAAAUGA